GAAGGACUCGGGCGGAACUAAGCAGCGCGGGUGUAGGCAGGAUGACGAACGGGUUUGAAUGUGGCACUUUCUGUCCUCCCUCUGCUCUGCUUCCCCUUGGUGGUUAACCUCAGGCUGCAAGUCGUUUAGCUGUCGCUGAAGUGGGGGAGCUAGCCAUUCCUAAGACGUACGUGACCCAUGCAUCUGUCUCACAGCCUCUAAAGCCUCUAAGGAGAACAGUCACCACACUCAUGGCGGGGAUUUUGCGCUCAGUAGUUCAGAGGCCCCCAGGCAGACUACAAACGGUGACAAAAGGCUUGGAAUCUCUCAUUUGUACAGAUUGGAUUCGUCACAAAUUUACAAGGUCAAGAAUUCCAGAUAAAGUUUUUCAGCCUUCACCUGAAGAUCAUGAAAGAUAUGGUGGGGAUCCACAGUACCCUCAUAAACUGCAUAUCGUUACCAGAAUAAAAAGUACAAAAAGACGUCCAUAUUGGGAGAAAGAUAUAAUAAAGAUGCUUGGAUUAGAAAAAGCACACACUCCUCAAGUUCACAAGAAUAUCCCUUCAGUGAAUGCAAAACUGAAAGUGGUUAAACAUUUGAUAAGGAUCAAGCCCCUGAAGCUGCCACAAGGUCUUCCGACAGAGGAGGACAUGGCCAACACGUGCCUCAAAAGCAAUGGGGAGCUGGUGGUGCGGUGGCUUCUAAACCCUGCCAACCAGGAAGCGAGGAAGUCCUGAUGGCUGAGCAGCUUCAGAGUAAAAAGUACAAAUCAUUUCUAUUUCAAGAUGAUGAGAAAGUGUUCUCAUUAAAAUCUGUGUUAAAGUCA